AUGUGCACCAUAUACAGGACUCUAGAGAAUAUCCCUGCUGUUUCCUGGAAGAUUGCAGCUGUGUUGCUUUUUGGAGGUUGGAUGCUGCUAGCAUUUGGAACAGUUCUUACCUUGUCUUGGAUUUUUUAUCCCAGGGACUUUGCCAGAGGAGGGUUAUCUGCAAAACAUCUGCAAACAGCUGCAGUGAUUGGCACAAUCUUGGGACUGCUGAUUUUUCCAUGUAGUUUGGAUUCUGCAUUCGCUAAUGAAAUUACAUACAAUGCUGGGAAAUAUAAGCUUGGCUGGGACUACAUGGUGGCUAUCCUGGAUGUCGUACUACCAUGUUAACUGCCAGUCAUCAGCAGAUACAAUUUAAAUGAGGUCAAGUCCAAGAUCUUUUUCUCUACUGCUACAGAAAGUAUAAUUCUAGUAAGAGAAGAUGAACAAUAA